UGAUGGAAAAGUCACUGAACCUGAAGACACACCAGUAGAAAUUAUCUUGUCUCAAGAGGCAAAAGAAUCGAGAAAAAUGAAAAGACAGGCGUCUGAGCCAGUAUUGAAGUGUCUAACAUACUCCUAAUUUCAACCUCAGAAAGAGAAGAGAGCGAUGCCAAACCAUAAAUAAGUUUUGAGGAAAUAAUGGCCCAAGGCCUCAAAUUUCAUUUAAAAAAUAACAACUUACAGACCCAAGAAUCUCAGAAACCUGUAGGAGGAUCAUUACAAAGAAAACCAUAUCUAAGCAUUGAAUAGUGAAAGUAACGAAAACCAAAACUAAAGAAAAUACUGAAGAGUCGAAAGAAAGACGCUUCGUAAAACAUUGUACACGUGGGGCAGAUGAAAAGCCUGCUCAAGGAAACCUCUCAACUCGGGGGUGAGAAUGUGGAAAAAUGAUUCAGACCUUCUGUGACCCUCCCUGGGAACCCCCUCAAGGAAGUCCUGGCUCCCCAAGUCCUUCUCUCAUUCCAGCAGGAAACUAACACCCACGUGAGCCAGAUAAAUCAGCUGUCCCUAUACAACUUCUCUCCCUCGUUUAUCUUCAUAUAUUUUGUAAGUUCUUUCCUUGAAGGGACAUACCAGCUUUAAGGCACCUCUUCAGAGAGUCACUUUCCUGACGGCCGAGCCGCAGUAGCUUGGCUUUUGUUACUUGGGAAGACCCUGAUGAUGACAGAGCUUCUCAGUCUAAACGGGCUCCUGGUGCAGUGUGGGUGAUUGUGCUGAGCUCCAGAUGGCAUUUACAUUGGAGGGGCCCUGAGCAUCCAUGGGGUUGGCCCCUGGCCUCACUGACAGCCCUUCACCAGCUACCCCCGGCUCCAUUUCUAGGAAACGCACAGUCUGCUGAAUGAUACGGCACCUCAGCUGAAAGAGUUUCCUGAACUGAGCACUUUCAAUAUGAAAACCCAGAAAGAUUGACUGGAGAGGGCAGAGGGGGAGGAAGCACCCAUGAAGAAGACACCAAGGGGCUUGUUGCCAGGUUGCCAGUGGCCUGGGUGUAAAGGCUACCCAAGGAAGCAGCUCCAGACCAGCCCCGUCCUCUGCGCCCCACCUGUCCACGCUCCAUCAUGCGCCACACCAGCUGCUCUUCAGUCCCGGUGUCCUGCCUGUGCUGCCUCCCCAGCACCUGCUACCCACACCUGGGCUGUGGGACUACCUGCUGCUAUUCAGCCUCCUGUGUGGCUCUGCUGUGCCAGCCCCUGGGUGGGGUGCCCACCUGCUGCCAGCUGGCCUGCUGUGUGCCUGUGAGCUGCAAGUCUGUUUUCUGUGUGGCCUCCUUCUGCCCAAACUCUGGGUGCUGCCAGCCCUCCUGCCCCACCCUGGUCUAUAGACCUGUCACCUGUAGCACCUGCACCUGCUGCUGAGCAGCUGGCCUCCUAGGACCCUCGUAGGUGUGAGGUCAGAAGCAGGCAGGCUCUGUGAUCUCCCGCUAGGCAGUCCCACAGUCCAGCUUUGUCACCACCUGCCUCCCUUGUGGCACAGUCACUAGAUCCCACCAGUGAGUCCACACAGCUGUCUGCAGUUUCCCUGGGGUUCUCAGCCUGGGUCAUCUACAUGGCUCUCUGCACUGUCUGAUGUUGGGCCUCUUGCAAAUAUCUAAUAAAUACCAGGUGCUGUGUGAUGCCUUCUCCUCAGCAUCUUUCCCAUGCUCCCUCCUCAGGAGGUAUCUUCCCCAGGAUUCUGGAAAGCUCCUUCUCUGCAGAGAAGGCACAGGUACCAGAUGCCUGGUGAGCAGCCACCCAACAGCACCCUCUCGGGCUAGUGCACUGUGCUCCUGAGCUUGGCCUGGUGGGAACCCUCCGCCCCCAUCACAUCAGGCUUCCUUUCCUCUCCCUUUGUUCCUGAAAUUUAUGAGUAAGUCAGUUCUUCCUCUCUUCUGGGUGAGAUUGAGGACAAAUUAUGAAUUUUGUAGUCUGAUCCAUUUUAGGUAAAGCAGGCCUUCUGCUUAUUAGCUGGUAUGUGCA